CAUCCGGUUAGGAAUAAUGGUCUGCAACAAAAUAAUCAUAUUUAGCAUUGGAGUUGCUGUUGGCACAUUCUUGGUGAUAAUUGGAGGUGUCCUGAUACCUGUUGGAAAUGGGAUUGUACAUCAGACGAUAAAUAAGGAAGGCGUUAUUGAAGAAGGCACCCUUGCUUAUGAGAACUGGAUACAAACUGGAAGUCCAGUCUACAGGCAGUUCUGGCUCUUCGAUGUGAAAAAUCCAUCAGAAAUCCAGAAUUAUGGAUAUAAACCAGUGCUUGAGCAAAGAGGACCCUAUACCUACCGGGUGCGGUCUCUUCAGAAGAGCAACGUUACUAUCAAUGACAAUUACACAGUCUCAUACCUUCAGCCGUAUUCAGCCAUCUUUGAGCCCACCAUGUCAAUGGGAUUAGAAACAGACACAUUGACAGCCCUCAACCUUGCUGCUGCGGCUGCACCUUCUCUGCUUCCAGUUCUAUUACACGGUAUGGUUAACAAGGUCUUGAAAAAGGUAAAUGCCUCCCUGUUUCAGAUUAAAACAGUGAAGGAGUUACUUUGGGGAUAUGAAGAUCCUUUACUGAAGAAACUGACCCCAAAGGACCCCAUCAUUGGUAUAUUUUACCCGUACAACGGAACAGCAGAUGGAUACUAUAACGUGUUCACUGGCAAAGACGACAUUAGCAACGUUGGCAUCAUUGACCGCUGGAGAAAUAAGAAGAAGCUACCCUUUUGGAAUGACUCUUACUGUGAUAUGAUCAAUGGCACAGAUGGAAGCUCAUUUCCACCAUUUCUUCACAAUGAAAAUAAAGUGUUUUUUUUCUCCUCUGACAUUUGCAGAUCCAUCUAUGCUGAAUAUGAACAAAAGAUAUCAGUGAACGGCAUUCCUGUCCACCGUUUUGUUAUUCCCCCCGAGGCUCUUGCAUCCUAUGUGGAGAAUCCUGACAAUCAUUGUUAUUGCAAAGACCCGGCGAUUUCAGAGAACUGUACCUUCGGAGGAAUCCUGGGGAUUAGUGCCUGCAAAGAGGGUAAACCAAUUUAUAUUUCACUUCCUCACUUCCUGUAUGCCAGUGAUGAAAUUGUGAACUCAAUUAAUGGCAUGAGGCCCAACAAGGAAGAACAUGAAACCUUCCUUGACGUGGAACCUGUUACUGGAUUUACCUUGAGAAUUGCAAAACGUAUCCAAAUCAACUUAAUGUUUAAACCUUCAAAGAAAAUUGAAAUAUUACGUAAUAUUAAGGAGGCAACAUAUUUUCCACUGCUCUGGCUUAAUGAGACAGCAACUGUUGAUGACGAAACUGCAAAGUUGUUCAAGGAAUCAUUGAUAGACCCCACGAUAGCACUUGGAAUCUCUCAGCUAACCUUGAUGUGCUUAGGAGGUCUGCUUCUUAUUCCGUGUGCAAUUGGUCUUUGUAUUUCUCUUUGUAUGACUUCAAGGCCCAAAAAAGCGGAGAGCUACAAAAAUGACAACGCGCGCUAAAGUAACCCAAUGGGUCAGGCAGCAUCUCUGGAGAACAGGAUAGGUGAUAUUUUGGGUCGGAAACAUCUUCAGGGUGAAUUUGUUUGAAUAGAUAACCAUGAAGAUGAGCAGAAUGUAAUCUUUUAACCCUGCUUGAAAUUGAAUAACCACUAUGCUUCUAAUUUGAUUUUAUAUAAAAUGAUCGAUUUGCUGAAAUAAUUGGCAGAUUUUAAUAUUGGUAAUAUUAAAAACAGUUGGUAAUA